CUCGAUCCCCCUCACUUUACUCUUCUCCUCCCACUCUCGGCUCUGAUGGCAACAUGGCGUCAACAGCCGAUUUUGACGAUGAAGCUAUCGACGACGAACACUUCGAUGAUUCGGCUUUGAUAUUCCCUCCUGAGGUACAAGAAGCCAUCGACCAGGUUUUACCUAGUAACGACCCCCUCGAUCGGCCGGACUUUAACCCUGUCGACUACAUCAACACGCUUUUCCCCACGGAACAGUCCCUGGCAAACAUUGACGAUGUGGUUGGCAAAAUUAGGCUGAAAAUCCGGAAACUUGACGAAGAAAUUGGUACAGUGGUCCGGGGUCAAACCAAUGUUGGAGAAAAUGGGCGGCAAGCUCUUGAAGAGGCUCAGAAAGCAAUUCAAGAACUUUUCUCCAAGAUCAAAGACAUAAAGGAUAAAGCAGAGAAAUCUGAAGAAAUGGUGAAGGAGAUUACCCGUGAUAUCAAGCAGCUGGAUCAUGCAAAGAGACACCUUACAAGUUCAAUCAUCACCCUCAACCACUUACAUAUGUUGGUAGGGGGUGUUGAUAGUCUUACAACUCUGACUCGCCGCCGUCAGUACCUCGAAGUGGCAAACCUCCUACAAGGUGUUCUCAACGUCUUGGAGCACUUUGACCGUUACAUGGCCAUUCCUCAGAUCAAGCAGCUCUCCGAUAAGGUGAAACAAAUACAGGCUGAACUUGGAACACAGAUCACUGCUGACUUUGAGGAAUCUUUCCAAGGUCCUGCUGCAAAGUAUGGCCCCAGCAACCUGAAGCAGCUGGCUGAAGCAUGUUUGGUGGUCAAUGUGCUUGACCCGAAGGUAAAACGUGACAUUCUUGGAUGGUUUGUCAAGCUGCAACUCUCCGAGUACACGGUACUCUUUGCAGAGGACCAAGACGUUGCAUGGUUGGAUAAAAUUGAUAGACGUUAUGCGUGGAUCAAACGUACGUUGGUCAGUUUUGAAGAGAAAUUUGGACACAUCUUCCCUGUGGAAUGGGAAAUCAGUGAACGCAUAUGUAUCGAGUUUUGUGAAAUAACUAGGAGAGAAUUAUCCAAGAUAAUGGCUAAGCGUGCCACGGAGAUAGACGUCAAAUUACUCCUAUUUGCUAUUCAAAGAACAAGCAAUUUUGAAUCCUUAAUCGCCAAACGUUUCACCGGCAUCACACUCCAAGAAAACUUGCCAACCAAAGUUGCAAUAACCCCAGUGAUGUCCCCUACAAAUCCUUUUGAAGAAGCCAGUAGCCCUUAUGAACCUUCCAACCCAUUUGAAAACGAGAACGCAGAAUCUGUUGAGGAACCAAAGGUUCUUGGACCCAAACCUCCAGUCUCACCCUUCGAUGGAAUCAUCUCCAAAUGCUUUGAGCAACAUCUGAAUAUUUAUAUAGAAUCCCAAGACAGGAACCUUGCCGAGUUGAUCUGCCGUUUCAUAGAGGAUUUCCGCCAACACGGAAGUCUUCGUGUCGAAGGAGAGGAAGGUAGCAACGUUCUGCCGAGCUGCGCCGAUCUGUUUGUCUUCUACAAGAAGUGCAUGGUGCAGUGUUCGCAACUAAGCACAGGCCAACCAAUGCUUGACCUCACCAAAACAUUCCAGAAGUAUUUGAAGGAGUACGCUCACCGAGUUCUACUCAACAACCUACCAAAAAUGAGCUCCCAGUCUGCCAACCUCAGCUCAGCAUCGGGUUUGAUCCAGAGUAUUCUAAAGGAAGGAGAGGUGGCUAAGUUCACCGAGGAAGAGCAGUGCAGGGCAUGCAGCAUCCUCUGUACAGCCGAGUACUGUAUGGAGACCACACAGCAGCUGGAGAGCAAACUGAAAGAGAAAGUUGACCCGGCGCUUGCUAUUCACAUUGAUCUCAACGCAGAGCAGGAUCUUUUCCAUAAUGUCAUCUCCAACUGCAUACAGCUCCUGGUACAGGACCUCGAUUCUGCCUGUGAACCUGCCCUGACAGCCAUGAGCAAGAUGUCUUGGUCAACUGUUGAGACCGUGGGAGACCAGAGUGGCUAUGUCACUGCUAUUACGUCUCACCUGAAACAGAACCUGCCAAUUAUCCGGGACAACCUUGCGUCAUCUCGCAAGUACUUCACACAGUUUUGUGUAAAAUUUGCUAACACUUUCAUUCCAAAAUUUAUUACACAUAUGUACCGUUGUAAACCAGUCAGUACCGUGGCAGCUGAACAGCUACUCCUAGACACACACUCGCUGAAGACUGUGCUACAGGAUUUACCAUCUUUGGGUUCACGGGUUCUGAGAAAAGCCCCCGCAAGUUUCACCAAAAUUGUCAAUAAAGGAAUGACAAAAGCAGAAAUGGUUCUAAAAAUGGUGAUGUCCCCUCAUGAGCCAGCACAAGCAUUUGUCGACAACUACAUGAGACUUCUCACUGAUUCAGACCUGGCAGAAUUCCAGAAAGUCUUAGAAAUGAAGGCAUUGAAACGAAGCGAACAGAACACACUCAUGGAACUGUACAAAGCUCGAAUUCCUACCCAUAAUGCAACUGUUCACAAUGAGGUUCAGAGAAACAACCAAUCAAUUGCAACGUUCUCCUCCAUGACUGCAUCGACAACUCCAGAUGGGGAAUCCAGUCGUAUAAGAAGGCUUGAGAAGUUGAUCAAAAAGAGGCUUUAAGUUUCAAACCAAGCCAUACAUACAUACACGCAUAUAUACAUACAUACAUAUAUAUAUAUAUAUAUAUAUAUAUGCGUGUAAAUCUGUGUCCACAUGUAUGAAUGUAUAUUAAUGUUUGUGGGUUAUUGUAUGUGUGUAUAUAUAUAUAUAUAUAUAUACAUACAUAUAUAUAUAUAUAUAUAUUUGUAUAUAUAUAUAUAUAUAUAUAUAUAUAUGUUUCUAUAUACUGUAAUCUAAAUGAACAUGAAGAGACAAAACUCUGUAUAAAGUAGAGUACUUAUAAUGAUGUUAUUCUACAUACAUGUUGAAGUAUAUAUAUAUAUAUAUAUAUACAUAUAUGUGUAUGUUUAUAUUGACAUUACUCGAAAAAAGAGCACCUGAUAUAGACUUCGGGUUUGACAAUCGACAAUGAUACAUAUAUAAUGAAUUUCUUUUGGGAUGUUGUAUAUAUAUAUAUAUAUAUAAAUGGGACAAAAAUGCAAUAGAGAACAAUAAAGCAUUUGGACAGAUAGACGAUACAGAGGUGGAUAGGAGAAAUGACAAUUAGAAGGACAGGGAAAAAUGAUGGGUCAUGUCCUUUCCUCGGUCAAGUUACCAGAAGUCCUUACUGUUUCAGACAACACUUAAGAGACAGGUUUGUGUGUAAAAUAUAUGACAAUGGUACAAGAUGAGGGGUGGAGAAGGAUUGAUUAAUCUUUCAGGGUUUUUUUUUUGUUGUUGUUGAUGAUGAUGAUGGUGAUAUAAAUAAAUAAAUGGAAUAAAAAAUAUAAAAAAUAAUAAUAA